GAGAGGUCAUGUGAGACAGAUUUCACCAGUGCAAAGUCCUACUGAGGUAUGCCUGCUGGUUGGUCCCUUUUACUUAGGACUGAGUAUUCUCUGUUAGAAUGUGUCUCCAUUGAGGAAGUUUGGGACGUUAAACUAAGACUGGACUUUGCAGGUGACUGAGAAAGGUUUGAAAAUAAGUCUGUUAUGCAGUAACUAUAACAGAGAGGGAAAACAAAGAGAAGCAACUGCUUGCAAGAGACAACAGACGAACUUUGCUCCCUAGUCAGAGACUGCUUUGUGGGGGAGAUCAGAAAAACUACAAGGGACGACAGAUAAGAAAUAGUAUUUGAAAAGACAUUUCAAUGGCGUACCGACUUUUUGAAGGAAAGGAACAUGCUUCCAUCUACCAGCAGUAUCGUUUCACUCCUCCCUCUGGCCUCAAGGAUAUCAUUAUUCAGUACUUGGACAAAAAGAAAGGACGGCCGCAUCUGCUUGCUGUAGAUCUGGGAUGUGGGACGGGUCAGCACAGUCGGCUGCUUGCACCGCACUUCAAAGAAGUGGUCGGCAUUGAUAUCAGCGAUUGCCAACUGGAGGAGGCCCGUGCCGUGCCAGGAUACACUAACAUCACAUACCGUAAAGGGACAGCAGAAGAGCUUCCUUUUGAGAACGGCACUGUAGACUUGUUAACAGCAGCUUCUGCAGCACACUGGUUCGACCAGUCCAAGUUUCUACUUGAGGCCAAUCGGGUCCUUAAACCAAGGGGCUGCAUGGCUCUGCUGGGCUUUACAGACAAUAACAUCAGAUUCACCUAUAAGGAUUGUGGAGAAAAACUAAAUGGCAUCUACCAGGAGGUAAAGGAGUUGCUGCGACCCUACACAAGCAACCCAGUUGCUGUAUCAGAGAGUAAACUGGAAAGCCUGUACUCUGCCAUACCUUUUCCUGACAAGGAGAGGAUUGAGAGUUUUCCGAGCAAAUCCAUGAUCUCAGUCAGAAGGUUGGUGGGUUUUAUUAGCAGUUGGUCAAUGUACAAUUCAUUCAAGAGAGAAAACCCUCAAGGAGCUGAAGACCUGCUGAGUAACAUUCAAAAGCGGUUCCUGGAUGAAAUGGGUGUCACUUCUGUUGAUACUGAAAUAGAGCGGGAGUGGCAAUAUUUCUGCAUCCUGGCUUCAAAGCCCCUAUAAUCAACAGCACAGCUUGGAUACAUGUUUAACAAGAAAAUCACUCAGAGACCCUCGAAGGAGAAAAUGUUGCCCCAUAUUGUGACUUACACUUAUAGUUAGAACUCACACGUGAACCUGAAUAAUUACCAAAUGUUCUAGUGUCACCUUCUUCAAUCACUCUGCACUCUUGUUUGACUUCAAGGAAGGCAUGCCCCACCUUUAAUGUUUUUGUCUUCAGCAAAAUACUUUUGGACUUUCAUAAUACUUUCUUGGACUUUAGGUCCCCCUAACUCUCUGGUUUAGGGGGGACCUACUUGUUUAGCUAAAUAAAGUAAAACAAUCCUUUAAAAUAAGUCCUGCAUCUGGACUAUGAUAAGGAUCAUCAUUAAAAUGUAAUGGAUGGUUUCUCGGACUGAGGUGCACCUUGGGAAAAAUUUUCAUUAAAAUCUGUUAUCAAAUUAUGAAGA